CAUUUCAAUCAAGUGAAUGCCUUUAUAACACAAAAUGAAACAGUCCAUUAGUCCCCGAAUAUUAGAACUACAAAACUACACAGUCAAGGCAGUUUGCAGUGCGAGUCGAUGGGGAGCCAAUGGCAUUCGUGCGCUGUGUUGCGUGUCAUUUCUGCCCAAUUGGAGCGGAGCGUGAUGAUCUCAAGUUAGUUUUAGUCUUUCAGGAACAGCUGUUGAGAGAAGCGUUCACGUAUAGCCAAAUGUUGUCAGUGUUUUUACCUGUUUAUUUUUAAUUCUUAACUUGCCUAUGGUCACAACACAAACGUGUUCAUUCGGAAGUCAACUUUUAAAGGGAUGAAAAGGCUAAAGAAGAAGAAACAAAACGCUGGAGUUGGAGUGAAUGGGAAUGGAUCUGUCACAAAAGAACCAAAUUGUGGAAGAAAACAGAAGUUGGCUGAGAUUCAUCAGGCUUUGAUCAGUGAUCCAGUGGACAUUGAGACCUUGAGGAGAGCAGCAGCCAGUAAGGGAGGACUGCUCACUGAUGAACUGAGAAGGAAAGUCUGGCCCAAACUACUGAACAUUAAUGUCUAUGAUCUACCACGUAAACCUGGUCGAGAUGUGAGGGAGAACCACAAGGACUACAACCAAGUAGUCCUGGAUGUCAGGAGGUCUAUGAAGCGGUUCCCUAAAGGUAUGCCAGCCACAGAGAAAGCCAUUCUCCAGGAGCAGCUGAUUGACAUCAUACUGGAAGUUUUGAAAUGCACCCCUCAGCUCCAUUACUACCAAGGCUACCAUGAUGUGGCCGUCACUCUGUUGCUGGUUGUUGGGGAGCGGAUGGCCAUCGCCAUGCUGGACACUCUGUCCAAUCACCAUCUCAGGGAUUUCAUGGAUCCUACCAUGGACAGCACUAAACACAUUUUAAACUAUCUGAUGCCUAUAUUGGAACAGGUUGAUACAGAACUACAUGAGUUCAUGAUCAGAGCGGAGGUGGGAACCAUCUUCGCACUAUCCUGGCUCAUUACAUGGUACGGCCACGUGCUGUCAGACUUUAAACACACCAUGAGACUCUACGACUUCUUCUUGGCCUCACACCCACUAAUGCCCAUUUACCUGGCCGCCACGGUAAGAGGGAAUUUGAUUGUGUUGCACAGAGAGAAGGAGGUGAAGGCGACAGAGUGCGACAUGGCCAUGGUCCACCACCUCCUCUCCCGCAUCCCCCAGGACCUGCCGUAUGAACGUCUGAUUGGCCAUGCCCAGGACCUGUUUGACCUGUACCCUCCAUCUCUACUGGCCAAGCGGGCAGCACUGCAUUCUCGUAAGAGUCUGUCAAUCAACACCUUCCAGGCGUUUCAACUCUCCACCCUCCGCCAGAGGCCUGACUCAGUUCUCCAACGCCUCACCAAGGCCCAGGGCGCCACCACCUCCAGACACGCCUCUCGACACUCAGGAAUGGAAGCAGCUUUGCCCCGAGACCGCGGCCAGCUGUGGGGGAAGGGGAACACGAUUGUGAAGAUGGCAGUGUGGGGGCUGUCCGCUACGCUCGGGGCAGCCGUGUUUGCUGUGGCUCAGACAGCUAUGGACUGGGGACCUGAGGUGUUGCUCCAACUGUUCUGACGUGACGUGGGAUUUAGACUGUUAGACCCACACACAUGGCGACUGCACAUAUCUGCUCUUCAGAUAGAUAACAAUAAAAACAAUUACACACAUAAACAAAGACUUUGAAGACUUGAAGCUUGUCUCUCCUGCUGAGAGAAAUUGUUGCAGGAAAAUAAGAAGAGGUCAGUUACCCUGGUGCCAAACAGGUUGUUGCUACUCAACCACAGUGAACAUAUGUUAGAUACUAGCCAGCCUCAGGAUGUGUGUCAGCAAGUGUAUGUGUGUUGUCUGUUUCUGAGCGGGUACCUCAGACCUUAUACCACAUGUGAGCAUGUAUGGAUAAUUGAACAAGCCUACAGGGGCCUCUGACUGCUUGGACCUUUUGGGCCAGAGCCUCUGUAAAAAGUGACUGUUAACAGUUUGCUUUAAAGGGUAAUUAAAACCACCACAAAUACCCACAAAACAACCACAAAGAGAUGCAAAGUGACCACAAAGAGGUGUAGUACUAAAAAAUGACACAAAACAACCCCACAGAGACACAAAACAACUACAGAGACAUACAAAAUGACCAAAAACCAGACGUUAACCGUGUUUAACCGUGUUGUUUGCAGUUGUUUUGUGUCUCUUAGUCUGGGGGUCUUGCUCCUAUGUAAGAAUGGUGGGGGCCUUUACAUGUCUGUACCCAGGGGCCCAUUGUCUUAUUAUCCAUCCAUGCAUGUGAGACACUAACAGAUCUUGCUUUUUCAGGCUGUUGCUCAUACUACCAUCGGUGUUACAUUUUUACACGUGUCUCUGUGUGUUUGCUGUUAGCUGAUUAUUUUGCUGAUAACUCGUUUUUAGACCGUCAUGCUUGUUUCGUUGCAUUUCUGUUGACAGUGUUUUAGUGUGCUUGUUGGAUCAGCAGCCAUAUCUGAAAGCAAAAAGUGCCCUUAGCCAGCACGAUAACACAUGAAUACAAAUUAUUAAAGAGCGGUAUUUUCUGCUGAAAGCUUCCAGUUAUGAGCAAAGAAGGAGAGCAGGGAAGAAAUGGGAAAGAUGGAGGGAGUGAUUUUGCCCGUGAGCCACUGGUAUUAAUUGCUUUACUCCAGGUGUCAGCAAGUUACAUUUACAGUUGAGUUUGACGCACAAGAUGAGUUGCUUCUGCCCCAAAAUGUAAACAUUACACAUGGUUGCACUCAAUCGAGUCAACUCAAGUUAUUUUUUUAUUUUUUGUUUUUAUUUUUUUCUGAAGCAGUUUUCAGGGCUGUUGUGGUGGCCUACCACUGCUCAAUCAAUAUGGGGAAGAGACCAGUACUUUUACGUUCUUAAAAUAUUUAAGAGGUUUGGGUUUGCGCUUACAUCCACACUGAGCAGUCAUCAACAGAACUACAGUCCAUGAAUUCAGUUCUUCUACUUCAUUAUAUUUCUCUUCAGCAUUUUACAGCUACAGUGAUUAGUUUAACAUAUGUGAAAUUGGGUUUUUAUUUGUCUUGUAGUGAAAGAAGUUAACUACCUGCAUCACACACCCUGGAAAUAUUGUUGGACCAACCAUAAUCACUGAGUUUGAAAAGUGAAUAUUAAUAAUACAGGCUGUUUCCAACUGAGGUACAUACAUAUUUACAGGGCACAGGGGUUUCUCCAAACAGCAAUUCAUGCUCUGUGUGCCGACCAAUAUUCUGAAAUAUUUAUCAGCUUUUUCCAGCAUGUUGCUGAGUUGCAUCUGUUAACACAACUUCAGUGGAGUCAGAGCACUCUCAUCCCUCCUUUCUCCGUCAUCAGAUAUGAAUUUUUGGCAUCUCUGCAGGAAGUCCGAUUGGAUGUGAGGUUUACCCUGUUGAUUUUAGUUGCUCUGUAGCAUAGGAAUUAAACUGGUUUGUGCUUUUUUUGUACGAAAUUACUGUAGUACAUGUAUUGUACAAAUCUAGGGUACUCCAUUUUUAGCCUCAGGGCAAUCUGAGAAGGAUUGCAGAGCUGAGUAGUUAACAAGCUAGUCAAUCAAUCUAUCACUCCAUUAGUAGUUCGUGUCAGGCAUUCUUCAGAAAAUGCCAAUUGCUGCGACUUUGAUUGGUAAUUCAGGGAUUUUAUUUGAGAGUACAUAAAUCAAUCAAUGGCCUGUAACAGGUAGUCAGCUGGCCUGCAAGCCAGUUCAGACAUCUAGUCAGUCAGUAAGCUGUAGUGGUUGUUCAAAUAGACCUCUGCAUGUUCCACUUUACAGUCUGACAAGCUGUACAUCAUCCCAUUUGUGCGCCUGAUGUAAUUAAUUGCAAUAAUAGGCUGGGCAUCUGUGUUUUGGUUUUGUUAGGAUACUCGACUUGCGUCUGUAUAAACUGUCAACAGUCUUAUUAUUUAUUUUCAGAGCAACAACAUGAUUGGCUUUUUAUUUAAAUGUGAAACAGUUAAUUGGAUUUUAUAAAUGUGUGUUUAAAAUGAACAUGUGGGGCAGUAAAAUUGAUUAUCAUGGUUUUUAAUCAGCAGUCUGAACUUUAUAUUUACAAAAGGGAUCCAGUUAUUUUACAUAUAAAAUACUGUCUUCAUGAAUCACACUAGUUCGGCAUUUUUGGAAACAUGCUUGAUUGUUGUCUUGCCAAGAGUUAGAUAGUAAGAAGAUCGAUACCCCUCUAGGGUCUAAAUUAAAGUACGUUAAAUAAGCUACAGCCAGCAGCCCGUUAGCUUAGCUUAGCACAAAGACUGGAAACAGGAGGAAUAGCAAGCCUAUGUGUGGCUCAUGUGCCAGCUCACUUUUAAGAUUGAAAUAAUAAACAAAUUACAUUGCAAAGGGAACAUUUACAGCCGUAUGCUGCAUGGUUGGCAUUGAUGUGCCGCUUGCUCUUAUUACACAAACGGCUCAUUCUGAAGUGAAGUACAUUCUGUUACCCCUGGCUGUGCUUUUAAAGUGAUCAUAUGCAUUUGUGCAUCAAUGAUGGUUGGAAACAGGUGAUUGAUAUAAAAAAUAAUAAAAAAGCAGUUUUCAUAUAUUCCUUGCUUGCACUUGAUUGGCUGCCUAAGACAUAAAUAUGCAGGGAAAACCCCCUUUGACCAGAGUCUUUGAUCUUCAGACAUUAGUCAAGAUGCAGUUGUAUUAUUAGUGCAAUGUAGAACAACAUACUCACACAGGGAGAGGGUGGUGGUGGUGGUGCCAGAUCAUAAUGAGGAUUUAAUUCCUGCCCCUGGCUCUUGGCGUGCUUAAGACACUUUCUCCUUGUUUUUGUUUUUUUCUCACAUUCUCUUACACUUACACCAACACCUGCACCGGUCUCGGUCUGGCAGAGGCAUUAGGUAAAAUGGAUAAAUGAUCGUAGGAUGUUAUUUGGGUUUAAUGAAACCAACCAAGAUGUUGAAGAAAGAAGAUGGAUGCUGUUGAUUCCAUGUCUAAAGCUGACUAAAGAGAACUGUCAAAAAGUAAAAAUCAUGAAACACUUCUAGAAGAAGUAAAUGUAGAAUAGAAGUGCAAUGAUUUACUUGUAGUAGUUCUGUCGAUAGUAGUUUAGAUAGUUCACAUUUAAUCAUUUAUUUCAAUUAUUUUUUUAAGUUGCAUUUUAUUUAUUUUGUUGUCUCUCUUGAUAUCAGCCCACAUCUCCAAAGAUUUUUUUAAGGCUAAUCCACCUAUCAGUCAAAUCUAUUUGCCACAAAAACAAACAAAAUCCCAUUGAUGAUUCAUUACAGAAAGUUUUAAAAAUGUGAACAUAUCUGCACAGGUUUUAAGUUGAUUGGGAAAUGAGUGAUACAUCUUUUGAUACAUAUUUAGUAACAUACUAAAUUAGCUGCAGUUGAAUGAAAAUCGAGGAAUAGGAUUUAUUUCAGUAGCUGGAUGCAGUGGGUGCAAUUUGCAACUACUCAUUGGGUUUGGCUUUAACCAAAAACAUACUUUGUGUAAAUCUAAAGAACUUGAAAUUCAUGCCAAACUAUGAAUUCACGUUGGUGAGGUGAAGGCCCUGGAGUUAACCUCCCAGUGAGCUUGUGAGCCUCAGGUCCAAAAUUGUUUUCCCAAAAGACUUGAUUGCACCAAAUGCUUUUACAGAUAAUGAUGUAAGCCCUUAAUUUGUGUGUGUAUGUAUGUAUGAUUCCUGUGGGCACUUGAAUGCAUGUUUCUCAUAUCCUGAGUACCAAACAUUUGGUAUAACCAUCAGGUUGUUUGCACCUUGUACUGCAUUAAUACUGAGAUGUGUCUUUGACAAUAAGAUGAAGCUGUUUUUGUCCGAGGUAAAACAGUGAAUAAAUGAU